AGCCGAGCCGAGCCGCGCCGGCCAUGGGGCUGCCCACCCUGGAGUUCAGCGACUCCUACUUGGACAGUCCGGACUUCAGGGACCGCCUGAAAUGCCACGAGAUCGAGCUGGAGCGGACCAACAAGUUCAUCAAGGAGCUGAUCAAGGACGGCAGCCUGCUCAUCGGGGCCCUGCGGAAUUUAUCCAUGGCAGUACAAAAAUUUUCCCAGUCUCUUCAAGAUUUUCAGUUUGAGUGUAUUGGAGAUGCUGAAACUGAUGAUGAAAUUAGCAUUGCCCAGUCACUGAAAGAGUUUGCCCGACUACUGAUUGCUGUGGAAGAAGAGAGAAGACGACUGAUCCAGAAUGCUAAUGAUGUGCUAAUAGCACCACUGGAGAAGUUUCGGAAAGAACAAAUAGGUGCAGCAAAAGAUGGAAAGAAGAAGUUUGACAAGGAAAGCGAGAAAUAUUAUUCCAUUCUAGAGAAGCACUUAAACUUAUCAGCAAAGAAAAAAGAAUCUCAUUUGCAAGAUGCAGAUACACAGAUUGACAGAGAACAUCAAAACUUUUAUGAAGCAUCAUUAGAAUAUGUGUUUAAGAUUCAAGAAGUGCAGGAGAAAAAGAAGUUUGAAUUUGUUGAACCUCUCUUGUCCUUUCUUCAGGGAUUAUUUACUUUUUACCACGAGGGAUAUGAACUGGCACAGGAGUUUGCUCCAUACAAGCAGCAGCUGCAAUUCAAUUUACAAAAUACACGGAAUAAUUUUGAAAGUACUAGGCAAGAAGUGGAGCGACUGAUGCAGAGAAUGAAAUCUGCCAGCCAGGAUUACCGACCACCAAGUCAGUGGACCAUGGAAGGCUAUCUCUAUGUCCAGGAGAAGCGACCCCUUGGAUUUACUUGGAUAAAACAUUACUGUACUUAUGAUAAAGGGACAAAAACUUUUACAAUGAGUCUAGCUGAAACAAAGUCUGGUGGGAAAGUUAAUGGCCUUGUUACAAGCUCACCAGAAAUACUCAAGUUAAAAUCCUGUAUCCGAAGAAAGACAGAUUCAAUCGAUAAACGUUUCUGUUUUGAUAUUGAAGUAUUUGAAAGACCUGGGAUCAUUACACUGCAGGCUUCUUCAGAAUCCAAUAGAAAACUUUGGUUAGAAGCUAUGGAUGGAAAGGAGCCAAUUUACACACUACCUGCCAUUAUUAGCAAGAAAGAAGAAAUGUUCUUAAAUGAAGCAGGCUUUAACUUUGUGAGGAAAUGUAUUCAUGCUGUGGAAACAAGAGGUAUCACAAUCUUAGGGCUGUACAGAAUAGGGGGUGUGAAUUCUAAAGUGCAGAAGCUAAUGAAUACCAUAUUUUCCCCUAAAUCCCCUCCCGAUAUGGAUAUUGAUAUGGAACUUUGGGACAACAAAACAAUAACAAGUGGACUUAAAAACUACCUCAGGUGCCUUACAGAACCACUAAUGACCUUCAAGUUGCACAAGGAUUUCAUUCUUGCUGUUAAAUCUGAUGACCAAAACUACAGAGUGGAAGCAGUGCAUGCACUUGUUCAUAAAUUACCAGAGAAAAACAGGGAGAUGCUGGACAUCUUAAUCAAGCACUUGGUCAAGGUAUCUUUACACAGUCAACAAAAUCUGAUGACAGUCUCCAACCUAGGAGUUAUUUUUGGUCCAACUCUGAUGCGAGCACAGGAAGAAACUGUGGCUGCUAUGAUGAACAUUAAGUUUCAGAAUAUUGUUGUUGAAAUUCUUAUAGAGCAUUAUGAAAAGAUAUUUCACACUGCACCGGACCCCAAUAUUCCUCUUCCCCAGCCUCAGUCCCGUUCAGGUUCCAGAAGGUCAAGAGCUAUAUGUCUCUCCACAGGCACACGCAAGCCUAAAGGAAGAUAUACCCCAUGUUUGGCAGACCCUGAUAGUGACUCAUACAGCAGCAGUCCAGACAGCACACCCAUGGGCAGCAUAGAGUCGCUCUCUUCUCACUCAUCAGAACAAAACAGCACCACAAAAUCUGCAUCAUCCCAGCCCAGAGAAAAGUCGGGAGGAAUUCCAUGGAUUGCAUCCCCCCCUUCUUCCAAUGGGCAGAAGAGCUCAGGUCUUUGGACCACAAGUCCAGAAUCUUCCUCUAAGGAGGAUGCAACAAAAACAGAUGUGGAGUCAGACUGCCAAAGUGUAGCUUCUGUCACUGGUCCAGAGAAUAUGUCUCCACCAAUAGAUCUGACCAAAAAGGGACCUUAUGGUCUGACCGGGUUGAAAAGAUCUGCAGCUUCUUCCCUCAGGUCAAUUCCUUCAGCUGAAGGUAACAAAAGCUUCAGUGGAUCUGUACAGAGCUUAUCCUCAAUAGAUGCAAAAGAUACACCAAAAGCUCCACCUAACCCUGAGCUGCCACCAAAAAUGUGUAGGAGAUUAAGACUAGAUACUGCAUCAAGUAAUGGCUAUCAGAGGCCAGGAUCAGUAGUGGCUGCAAGAGCCCAAAUGUUUGAAAGUGCCAGUUCACUUAAACAAGCUUCUUCAGGACGACAAGCCAAAGCCAUGUAUUCCUGCAAGGCUGAGCAUAGUCAUGAGCUUUCCUUCCCGCAGGGGGCAAUAUUUUCUAAUGUGUACCCAUCCGUGGAACCAGGCUGGUUAAAAGCAACCUAUGAAGGCAAAACAGGGCUAGUUCCUGAGAAUUACGUUGUCUUCCUCUAAUAUACUUUAGUGGACAGCAGUAUCUUCAUGGUAUCCAUGGUAACAAAUAAUAAACACUAUGAUCUUUAUCUGACACAGAUAUGGGGAUCAGCCUGUUAGUCAAGAGUAGUAUAUUUCCUUCAAAUUCUGUAACUCCACAUUAUAUUGCUCCCUAUGAAUAGAACAGGACAUAAAGAAAUAGUUAACAGGGUUUCUUUGUGCUAAAGAUGGUACUCUGUUUAAAUAACUUCAGCUGUUCACAAAAAGGUUGUUCUGGUCUUCUUUUGCAGAUAAGGAACGUUACAGCAAUAACAUCAAAAAACAUGUCAUUAGCUGCAAACCAUUUGGGGCCUGAGAUUUAACCAGACCAGUAUAAAAUUUACAGGCAAUGCACUCUGGAAAUUUUUACAAUCACAUAUUUUAACGUGUAAAAUAAUUAUAAUGUUUUCAUAAUGUAAGACUUAUUUCUGUUAUGAUGUGUUUCUCUACUAGGAAACUUGAUUUGGACAUUGGUCCUGGUCAUUUCAAGGAACGAGUUACUUUGUUCUUAAAGCAAGGUUUUGAACUUGUGUUAUACAAUGAAGUUACAAUAUACGCAUGCUAAUUUGUAAAUAAUUUAUACAAUUGAGAACCGGAUUAGGUUGUACACUGACAAAGCCUUAAGUGCUCCUCCAAAAUGUGAUUUUGUUUGGACUGUUAUUUCAUUUGAGCACCACACAGAAUUUUUAUGUCUUUCUUUCAUCAAUAUAAUUAUAUAUUAAUAAUAAAUUAUAUUUAUAGCACCCAUCUUCCCUAGGCAUUCUCAGCUUGUCUAAAAACUGAAAUACACAAAGCAAUAAAAUUCUGAUACUAACAUUACUGGAAAACAUUUAUGGUUAGCACCAAAGAAGGACAAUAAAUCUAAAAUUUGAAAUACAUCUGAAUCUCACUUCUACUUGUUACGUUUAGCUUUUCCCCAAAUGAUCUGGGAAGUAGCUAAUUUUUUAAGCUAUGAAUUCUGAAAGCUCCAUCUAGCUAUUCAAAGUGUGUGAUAUUAGAUAAAUUUGAUUAUUUUUUUUAAUUUGAAUGAAAUUUCCUCUGACUUUCAUUGAACUAUUUGGCCAUAGUUUGAAAACAUGCUAGUGGAAGGCUUAGAGCAGGGCUGUGAAACUCAUCCAACCACGUGGGCUGAAUGAGUGGUGCAGCACCUGUCCAUGGGCCAGUCUGGACCCACAGACAGGACCUGCAUUCAGAUCCAGUGCAUGUCUUGCAGUGGCUGGAGUGAAUGCUGAUGCAGCCCAGUCCUGCUCCAGCCACUUUGAGGGCUGUACUGCAUACAGCAGCUGUUGCGGGCUUUGCUGCACAGCCCUAGAGCCACCAUCAUGGAAGUGUGCUGCAUACACUGGAGCAGCAGCCAUGGGGCUGUGAGGCCACUACAUGCAGCAUAGCCCCAGAGUGGCACACAGCUGCUCCGGGGCUGCGCUCUAUGUGGCAGCUGCUCCACUGCUCCAGGAUACGAGCUGAAGCUGGCAGCUCAUGGAGCCAUCCAUUAUGCUUCACAUGCAACCUGUUGGCUAUUCUAAAACCCAUAGGCACCGCCGGGCACUGGAUCUGGCCCAUAGGUCCUAUAUUUGACGCCCCUUUGUUAGAGUAGUGUUAUAUUGUGGUGGUCUAGUAAUUAUGCAAGAAGCAAGGUUUUUUUUUUAAGGUGAUAUCUUUUAUUGGACCAACUGCUUGGUUGGAAUAAAGUUAGACAAGCUUUUGAAAGCAAUGUAUUCUUCAUCAAGUUCAUUAGAUCUGAUGAGGAAUGCAUGAUGCAUUGCAUUCAAAAGCUUGUCCAACUUUAUUCCAAUAAUGCAGUUGCUCCAAUAAAAGAUAUCACCCUUAUAAAAAAUCCUUUCCUUUCACAUGAAGUGUGGUAGUAAAAUUACUUGGCAUUGAUAUCCAUUGAUUACCCAUGCUAGAAUUUAAAAGGGAUCCAUUUUAUAUAUUACUAGCAAUACAUUUUGCAUAAAUUUUCCCACCAAUAAAAAUGAUGUGUUAAUAAAAAUGCUGUUAUAAGCUGUGAAUUGGCUGACCUAGUCCAUUGAAGAAUAACAGUCCAUAAAAGGAGAAUAAGGAGCAAGUCAUAAAAUCGUUGCAGGGAGGAAUGUGAACAGAUGUCCAAGUCAGAAAUGCACUAAAAUAAAUACCUUAGAGUCUAGUUCUGAAGUCCUUAUUGAUGCAUCUCCCACUGAGUUUGGACAUUCCCAAUCACUCGGUAGACCUACUAACUUGGUGGGCCGCAUUCUUGGGGAGUCAGUACACCUUUUCCUCAACCUACUUUGAAACCUGUGCAAAUUAUACUUGCAUAUAUACUUAAGUUACUUCAGUGUGAAUUUAAGCAAUUUGCAAAUUUGGGACUAACUCUUGAUUAUGGUACUUGAAUAACACGUGCUAUUCAAGCAAAUGCUUUUCACUCCCGCAUUAUCACCUUGUGGCUGAGCUCAACAUUUUUAGUGCUACAGGACAAUUUUACUCUGGUGCAGGCUUAAUGACUGAUAGCAGUUUCUUGAAUGGCAAUAUUUGAUAUAUUGAACCUCUAUUUACUUGGGCAGUAGGUGCUACUUUCUGCCAGGGUAGUUAAGAGCCUUAGUGGAGCAGAAAACUGUCAAACCUUGAAUCAGGUCCAAAUUUUCCAACAUGUUGCCGUAUAAAACAAAGUAUAAAGACAUUUGGGAGAAGUGUUUCUCUCGCCAUCUACAGUUUCUCCUGAGAGAGUUGCUGCUCUCCCAAGAAAAACUAGGGAUAUACAGACGUUCAGGAUAUUUCUCCCAAUGUAAAAAUGACCUCUGUAGGAGCAAAAUAAUCAGAAAACAACUAUGGUUAAAUUGCUUCUGGGAUAGUUUCACCUGGGACAGUGAAUGUCUGUACACAUUCUGGGGGAAGCCACAGCACAGUCCUCUAGCAUCCCAGGGUGCGUUGCUGCUUCCUCCCUGCCUCCCUGGGAGACAGUAUUUCACUUUGGCUGGAGUCUACUGCCCCAGCCAAGCAAGGGACAGAAUACACCCCCUCCACAAUCCCCACAGUAUGCUACAGGGAAACAGGCUGUCUGAACAAUCUGGGUCAGCCAAUCAGGCUGUCAUCUUUCUCUAGACACACUGAGGGAACAGGCAGUGCACAUUGUGAUGUAUGCAUGAGGGCUCCCUGACUGCGCAGCAUCAGCACCACAAGCUCUCAGCUUUUUAGGGGUCUCCGAGUAAGCUUUUCUACCAGGAAAACAAACCUUGGGAGAACUCUCAGACUAUUUGAACAUGUUUAUGCAGCCUCUGCUUGCUUCUGAACCUGCCUUCUGCAUAAUGUAAUGGACAUUGCUUACAGAAAGUCACUUUCUCAAGCAGCUUUACUGCUGAAGUUCAGGCUGGUGGCAAAAGUUUACAUAGUGCCUUCUGUGCACAAGUUUAAGUGUUGCACGGAGCUCAGCAGGGAGUACAGGCAGAACAGUCCUACGCUGAAGUCUAAGUAUCUCCUCUGUGCCACAGAUAGAGGCUCCCUGCCAGCUUCAAAUACAUAGUACAUAGAGCUCAGCUUAAAAGGGAGGAUGGACUGCUGCAUCCAUGACAACAUUUAUUCAGUGACCCAACAUUAUUUGACUCAUUUGUUCUGCUUUACUAAGGAAUUUCAUAGUAUCCCAGUUCAUUGUAAGGAAGGUUUCAGCUCAUCCUAUGAAGAAAAUGUCCUCCUCAUGGUGUUUUAAAAGGUAAUUCCAAGGUGCAUCUUCUUGCACUGCACAGUCAAAUACAGUACCCUGAUGUACUUGCUUGAUAGCAGCAUGAGAGAUAAAGCAGAAAGCAAGUUCCCACUUAGCACAUCACAUGUUGCAGUCCUUAAGGCUUUUUGCACUGGGAAAAAAACUCCCAUCAACUCCAGUAUAUAACCUGCCUGCCAUCCAGUGACCCCAGGUAACCUCUCUACAUUUUACCAGCUACAUUCUGUCACCCAGUCAGUAUUCCCUGCUUUUUCUCCCCCUGCCUACCUGUCUCACACCUAUUGUCUCCCAUCAUCUCUGAUCCUCACUGCCAUGCAUUUGCAUUUUCACUGACCUAUGUUUUGCAUAUUGGUUUUACUCCAUCCACGAGAACACACAGCACCACCAAACUAUCUUUAUGCCUGAAGGAGGGUGUUUGUACCUGAAAGCUUGCAAAGAAAACAUUUUUUCCAACUAUUUAGCUGGUCUAAUACAAGAUAUCACAUUUACCCAAAGAACCUUGCCUACCCUCAACUCCAGUAAGCACUUUGCUCAAGUCAGAGCUCCAAGGUUUUUCUUUUGGUAACUAACCACUGAAAUUUUAACUUAUCCCAUGUUCUGUUUUGCCUAAAGGCAUGAACUUGUGGUUGCUGGAGUGACAACUGGCUUGCUCUGCCUGAGGGUCCCAAGGAGAAGCGAUGGAAUGGGAGAAUGGACUGUGCUUAGGAAACUAAAACAGCCAGUGACUCUAGCAUGGAGCAGUCAUCAGCUAGACAGUGGCUAGCCCCUGUAGAGGGGUGCACUAGUUGGGGGAGGCCACUCCUUGAGCUCUGAUUUCCUGCCCUCACAUAUCAAUCAAUUGCUUGAAGAUUAAUAUUUCUAUACUGCCCUGAAGAGUAAACUUCAUUGUAAGCUUUUGAGGGGAAGUGAGGAAGAUCAGCAUUUUCUCUUCAGCCUAUGAAUUGUGUGAGCCACUCCCUUCUCUUCCUCAGCCGGCUACAAUGCAAAGGUGUCUGGUACACAGGAGUCUGUGAAUAUAGUUUUAAAAGGAUGUAGCCAACCCAAGAACCACAUUUCUACCUGAUAUGAUCUAAUACCUGUUAUUUGUUACAAGGUACCCCUGAGGAAUACUUUGCCUGGACAAGAUUAGUGAUUUCUAUGCAGGGAUUGUUUUAGCUUCCUUUGAUGCAUGAAGUGGGGAGUUUCUUUGUGUUCAGUUUUGUUGAGGAUGCCAGCUCCACCUAGAUGUGCAAGAUGAUAUCAACCAGGAGCAGCAGCAGCAGUAAAACUGGGAAUGAAGAGGGCAGUAGUGUCUAGAGGGACCAGACUGGAGGGAGAUGUGGCACAUGGGCUUGUGUGGUAGGGAUAUUCUCAAUCCUGCCCCAAACACCUUGAUAGCUGUAAACAAAGAAGUAGAAAAAACUGUAAAAUUAUUUUUUUUUAAAUCUUUUGUAAGCAAGAGAGGCUUGUGGUAAAUGUCCAUAUUCCCUUUCCAGUCGAGAGGUAGUGAUUUUGCUAAGGUGUCUCUCAAGUAUUUAUAGACAGCGAUGAUUGCUUCUGUAUGUCACUGAAAGGCAUGUGGCUGUAUGCACACUUUCUACAAUUAACAAUGUAGGCUUUGUUGUUGUUGCUAAACUAUUUGGUACAUAUUUUAUAAAAAAGAAAAUCAGAUUAGUAGGAUGAUAAUUGUUAUGCUGUAUGACACAAGUGUAAAGUAUGUUCACGUUUUGUUUUGUCAGUUCUCUAACGUUAUGAUGAAAAAUUGUUUUUUCGAUGUCAUUUCUACAAGACCAGUGUUAAAAUGUUCGUGUGACAUUUUGGAAUUUAGCAUACUAUGUAACCUGACUUUUAAAUUAAACCACAGUUAUCAUUCAUGUCCCUUGGUAAUCUAUAAAUGUAUUGUUAGAGAAAAUACUUGAGAAAAUGAUGCACAGAAUUGAUGAUGAAAGUUAAUUCCAGAUCAUAAUAAGCAACUUGUUAUUCCUUUUAUACAUUUUCCCAUGAUAUUCUCAAUUCUUUGCCUGUAAAUAGAAUCAUUUUAAUAUUUCCUUUAGGAAUGGAGCCUUCAGUUGGGGGAAUAAGGUCCAAAUAUCCGCAGUGCAGAAUAGAAUAAUUACAAGAACAAAAUAGCAUUAUGGCACCACAAUAAUUUGCUUUUCUAGUUACACGUAUGUGCCUGGCACUACUUUUCUGCUUAAUCAGAUUGUGUCAGAAAAAAUAAUUAAACCCCCAAGCACACUGUUCUGAGUAUCUCCUUUACCUAACUAGCAGCAGUCCAUCCGUAGUCAGAGGAGUCUCCAGUGAGAUGAGUUAGAAGUUCUGCCUGACAGUAGGGGCUCUAAUCUGGUUUAAUAUUAUUUUCAGAACUUCUAUCAACUGAUUUACUUUAUAUCAGCGUUCCCUGAAACAGUCCGGUGCCAGGGACCAGACUGUAGAUACGCCCCUGAUGAUUGCUGUAUUUCCUCAACUCAUACUACCCUUUUGACUGCUAAUCCUAAUGCCCCUCCAGACAUUACUCAGGCAAAAAUUAGUCUUGUGACCAGACUGUUAUCCAGGCUAAUCAAAAUGGCUUGACACAUUUUUUUUAAAUACUUGGGUGCUCUGUGACCAAUGCUGUAAUACUGACUCUCAGUUGUUAAAGAUAGUAUCAUAGUUUCUCUUGUCCUGUAUGUGGCAGUAUUUCAUAGCCUAUUUGACUGGCCUUCAAGUUUUAAUUGUAGCAUAUGGUGCUUUGUCCAUUGGAUAUCUUAGCUGAAAGUGGUUUGGUGGCAGAGCUUCCUGCAUGUGUUGUGUUGGGAGUUGUCAUAAUAUUUUGUACUCGUGGUCAAGAUUUCAAAAUCCUUCCAGCCCUCUGACAGUUUGGAUUAUAGCAAAUGCGAGGGUGGCUUAGCAGGCCAGACAUUUGUGUUUUCUGAAUUAUAUUUAUGAUGUUUAUUUUGGAGGUACUAGAGUUUAUAGAAUUCUUAUAUACUAUGAUGUAUUUUAAGACCAAGACUUUAUAUGCAGUCAAUAACACAGGAAAGUAAAAUAUAUUUAAAAAGUUACUGUUAAUAAAUUAUCUACCUGAACUUUUUGUUUAUUUUGUAGUAUGGUUUCAAUAAUUAUCUGCACUCUGUGUGUAUGAGUGUGUGUGUGUGAGUGUGUGUGUGUGUGUACACUUACAAAUAACUGACACAGUAUUCAUAAACUGACUUUCAAAAGUACCUGUGCUGUAUUUUACACUGUAUUUAAUGAAUUUAAGAAAUAUUUUUUAAAAUAAAAAGCCUGUCCACACACGGUUUCUUUUCAUUCUGUUUCUUUUUGU